AUGGAUUUAUUUGUAAUUAACAGGUAUAGAGAAGAAAACGAAUAUGUGGAUGUAGUUGAUCAGGAAGCCAUACAUUUAGAAAAUUUAAAAAAGAGAAUAGCCGAAAGGAAAACUGCCUAUGAAAUAAAUAAAACUGCAGCAGUCAUCACCUUAAAACCAUCACCAGUGACACUAGAUAGUAAUGUUAAAGAUCUUGAAACAGAUAAAUUACCUAAAGCAGAUCAAAAUACUAAAAGCAAUGUACAUCAAAUUGAGAAAGAAAAUAAAAAAGCCAAACAGUUAGAAUACAAAGUUUUAGGUGUAAAUGACUUUGAGAAAAAAGUUAAAGUUACCAGAGUACUGCCUCAUUGGCUGUCCCAUCCAAUUACCAUUUCCACCAACUUGAAGAACUUAUCAUGUCAUAUAGAAGACCAAGACUGGUUACACAGUACUUUAAAAAGUACACUUUUAAGUGAAGGUGUUUCCAACUUGUUUCCAGUGCAAGAAACAGUUAUUCCAUUUGUGUUGAAUGAACAUAAAUUCAACAAUCCGUUUUGGCCUCAGGAUGUCUGUGUAUCAGCUCCAACUGGCAGUGGGAAAACACUGUCCUUUGUUUUACCCAUAAUUCAGAUUUUGAUGAAUGAAAUUGGUUGCCAUGUAAGAGCUCUAGUAGUUUUACCAGUUCAAGAAUUAGCAGCUCAAGUUGCCAAGGUGUUCAAAAAGUAUUGUAUGAAAACCAGGUUAAGAGUAGCCUUACUAGGUGGAUCUACUCCUUUACAACAAGAACAACAAAAUAUUGUUUGCCAUACUGCAUCAUCAGGAUGGAUCAGUCAAGUAGACAUAAUAGUUUGUACAGCAGGACGACUGGUAGAACAUCUCCAAAACACAGAAGGAUUUUCAUUAAAAUACCUAAAAUUUCUAGUAAUUGAUGAGGCUGACAGGAUAAUGGACCACAUUCAAAAUGACUGGUUGUACCAUCUAGACAGACAUAUUAAAUUAGAAAAAGAGUUAAUGAGAGGCAAACAUUCAAACCUUACAUGGAGUAGUUUAAUUGAGCAAAAGUCUCCUCCUCAGAAGCUACUCUUCUCAGCAACAUUAUCUCAAGACCCAGAGAAAUUAGAACAAUGGGGUUUAUUUGAACCAAAACUGUUUUCACCAGCUACAGUCAGUAAUUAUGAGGAUGAAGAUCAAAUAAGACUAUAUGGCACACCAGAUGAAUUAGUAGAACAAACUAUUACAUGUGAAGCAGAACACAAACCACUUGUUCUAUAUCAUUUUCUGGUUGAUCAGAAAUGGGACAAAGUUUUGUGCUUUACUAAUGCUGCUGAGUCAGCACACAGGUUAACUGUACUCUUAAAUACCUGGGGAUCUGGCAAAUUAAAAGUAGCUGAACUCUCUGCAGCAUUAGAUAAAUCAACAAGAGAAAGUGUGUUAAAAAAGUUUACAGCAUCAGAGAUAAAUGUAUUAAUUGGAACGGAUGCACUAGCUAGAGGUAUUGACAUUCCAGACUGCAAUUUUGUUGUUUCCUAUGAUCCUCCAAGGAACAUAAAAACUUAUAUACAUAGGGUAGGACGUACUGGACGUGCUGGUCGAAUUGGGCAUGCUGUGUCUGUGUUGUUGCCAAAUCAAGUUAACAUAUUUAAGGAAAUUAUUCAAUCUGGUGGAAAAGCACAGUUACCUCAAAUAGAAAUACAACAGAAUAUUCUCAAUCAACUUUCAGAGAGCUAUCAACAAGCAAUGAGUGUAACAAAGAAGCAAAUUCAAUCAGAGAUUGGUUCCAAAGUAAAAAAAUCUAUAGAAAUAAAAAGAAGAUUGAAAUCAAAACCUUUGAAAAGAAAACACAAUGCUUAA